AUGUCUGGAGGUGUUGAACUCGAUCUUGUUUGUGCAGAAAGUGAUGCAGAUGAUUUUUCAUCAACAUCAAAAUCGAAACAUAUUCGACAUGUAUCUAUUGAAGAACAACUAAUAUACGAAGAACAAGAUCACAAUAAUAAUAUUAAUAAUGUUCAUAAUAUUGCCGACGACGAUGAUGAUGAUGAUGAUGAUAUUGCUAUUAUAGAACCAACAGAUAUUAAUCCAUCACUUAAUAAAUCAGACUCUCGAAUAAUAAUUGAUAAUAAUUGUUCAAGUACAAUUGAAGCUACUUUCAGUGAUGAUACAAGAAAUGAUUCAAAUGAUAACGGUGAACGUCGAAAAGCUGAAAGACUUUCUUCCUCUUCAUCUUCAUCCAGUGUUACGAGUAGUAGCAGUACCAUCAGUUCCAAUCAUCACUCUGUUAUACACGAUUCCAAUGAAGAUGUAAUUGAUAAUGAUCCAGAUUUCAUUCAAAUGGAACUUUCAAGUGGUACAAUAAAACAAGAAAAUGAGUCCACUGAAAAUGACCAACGAAAAUCAUCGGGUGUACCAACACUUAUGAUAACAGUGAAAAAUGAAAUGGCUCAACCAGUUCAUGAACAAACAAUUCCAACAACAACAACAGCAACAACUGAUCCUGCAGAACCUGCUACACUUCACCAUAUAUUUAGUGAUGCUGUUUAUUAUUUAAUUAAAAGUGGUAAUGAAGAAAAUAUUUCACUAGCUAAAUCUAAAGGCGUAUGGUCAACACCACCAACUAAUGAAAUUAAAUUAAAUCGAGCUUUUCGAGAUCAUCGUAACGUUAUUUUAAUCUUUUCUGUAGCUGAAAGUAAAGCAUUUCAAGGUUUUGCUCGUAUGUCAUGUGAAGCUCGUCAUGAUAGUCAACCUGUCAAUUGGAUUUUACCACCAGGCAUGAAUAAUCGAGCUUUUUCAGGUGUUAUUUAUAUUGACUGGAUUACUCGUCGAAGUUUACCAUUUAGUAAAACAUUACAUUUGUUCAAUUCAUGGAAUGAGAACAAACCGGUUAAAAUAGGACGUGAUGGUCAGGAAAUUGAACCACGAUGUGCUGAAGCUUUAUGUCGUUUAUUUCCGUCUGAUCCAGCUAUUGAUAUAAUGUCCAUAGCAACAAAAGCUAAAAAUAAUAAAAAACGUUAUUCAUCUCGAUCACAAUCACGUUCACCAUUACCGACAAAUAUUUCUUCAUCAUUACCAUUAGAUUCGUCAUCAUCGUCAUCAUCAACAACAUUAAUAAUAAAACGUCAAGUAUCCAAAGAUCAUAAUCGUCGUUCACCCUCGAAAACUAAACAUCGACCAUUAUCAUCGUCGAAUAAUUCAUCUCGUCGUUCAUCAAAUCGUUAUCAACAUCAACCAUCGACAAAUUAUGAUCGUCAUAGACGUCCUCAAUCAAGAAGUCGAGAUCGUACAAAUAAUGACUUACAACGAAAACGACGACGACGAUCAGGAUCAUCCAAUUCAAGCCAUGGUGCUAAAAAUAAUUCAAAUCGAAAACAUACACAUCGUAAUGGUGAUCAACCAUCCUAUAACAAUGUUAAUAAAACGAUGGCAAAAAUUAUUAGUACUGGGACAUAUGAAGAAUAUAUGAGUCAUUUACUUGCAAGUCAUUCUCAAUAUGCUGGAUUUGGUGGAGGAAUGUUUCCACCUGGUGGUUAUCCUCCUAUGGCUUAUGAUCCAAGUGCUUUCUAUUCAAUGGCAUAUGAUCAUCGUAAUUUACCAUUAUCAAUGCAUGGUGGAUAUGAAACUCCAAUGGAUAUGUAUCUUCCUCAACCAACAUCUUCCAUAUCAUCUCGUUCUCGAAAUACAACAGAUUAUGAGCAAGAAAUUAAUGCAUUUCUUCGUCAUACGACAGCAGCAAAUGCUUAUCAAACUAAUGAUAACGGUGGUAAAUCUCAUAGGAAUCAUCGUUAUCAAAAUGAUUAUCGUCAUAAAGCUUCAUCUCGACAUCGAUCAAAAUCACGUGAACAUCGUCGUUAA